CCCCCCAACCUCCCCUGCUGCCUGCCGCCAUGCCAUGGUCACGCUGGUAGUUGAUCGUCUGCGGACACCCAGCCUGGACGGCGACCCUCACCAAACGGCCUUCAACGUCUCUUUACAGUACCCCAACAACCUAGGAGUUUGCUGGCCUACAAAUGGAUUGAUGCCUGAGAGCAGUUAUUGGCAGCUCUGCCCUCCCUCCAAGCCCGGCCUGCAGGGCGUCCUGAGCUCCAGCUUCCCCCCCGGCCCGGUCCCUCUGGCCCCCACCGAAACCCACCACCCAGAGGGGGAAGCCCUGCACCGGCCCCUGGUCCCGAGCACUUCGGUGACGGACCUGUCUUUUCCUGGUGCGCCCCCUCCCCCCCCGCCGCCCCCCAAACGCCACUGUCGCUCACUGUCCGUGCCCGAGGACCUCUCACGCUGCCGGUACACCUGGCGGCCCAGCGCCUCCCGGGUCUGGACACCUGUGAAUCGCCAGUGUCACAGUGGAGGGGGAGCGGGGGGUCCCUGUCCGCUUCGCGCCCCCAGCUCGUCCCUAAACUCCUCGCUGCACUCCUCUUCAAGUCCCACGUUCUUCAGCCUCGCCCUCUCCCCCGACUCCCCGCUGCCCUGGAACUUCCCGUGGGACCCCAGUGAACCUGCCGGAGGAGGUGCUUGCUGCUGUUUCUUCCCCUCCCCGUCGUCCUGCUCCUCCUCUCCCUCGCCACUCCACCCUCCCCCACCCCCGCAGCGGCGCUUCUCCCUGUCCCCCGUCCUCAUCAGAGAGGCCGCCGCCCAGUUCCUGCCGCCGCCGCCGGUUCCGCCCCAGCGCGCGGCGCCCCCUCCGGCUGUGCCAGCUUCACCCUCGUCUGCCUGCAGCACCCCGUCCUCGCUCCGCCGGGCCCUCCCCCCUCAGCUCCCGCGCUGCCACUCGCAGCCCUGUGACCUGCUCCUUCUCAAACCGGGCCUGAAGCGACGCCGUGACCCAGACUUACCAUUUGCCCGGCCAGUCCUGGAUUUCACCAAGAUGACUCAGACCCGCAGUACAGACCCCUUAAGCUAUAUGGAGAGGGGGCGGCUGGCUUGUGGCGGGGACGUUUGCAUGGGCCUUGAGCCUUUUUUGGGGGACUUCCGGGGGUCAUGUUCACCAGCAGAGGGUCUGGGAAGGACAAGCAUUGGACCUCUGAGUGAAAGUGACGAGGAGGGGGAAGGUGAGGAGGAGGGCCCUGACCGAGAAGAGUGUCAGCCGAGUGUCUUUGAGAGGGAUUGUACAGAACUGGAUUUGAGUCUAAUUGAGGAAAACUGAUAUUGUUAAUUGGAGACCCCCCCCCUCCCCCUCCC